AUGAGCGACGAAGUUUAUGAGGGUGCCAUUGGCAUCGAUCUUGGCACGACCUACUCUUGCGUCGCCAACUACGAGGGCACCAAUGUCGAGAUCAUUGCCAACGAGCAGGGUAGCUUCACCACCCCCUCAUUCGUCUCUUUCACCAGUGAGGAGCGUUUGAUUGGUGAGGCAGCCAAGAACCAGGCUGCUAUGAACCCGGAGAACACUGUCUUUGAUGUCAAGCGAUUGAUCGGUCGCCGAUUCGAGGACGAGACCGUCAAGAAGGACAUCCAGUCAUGGCCGUUCAAGAUCAUUGAUGCCAACGGCAGCCCCCGCGUCCAGGUCCAGUACCUCGGAGAGACCAAGGACUUCUCCCCUCAGGAGAUCUCUGCCAUGGUUCUCGUGAAGAUGAAGGAGAUUGCUGAGACCAAGCUCGGUAAGAAGGUCGAGAAGGCGGUCAUCACUGUCCCCGCCUACUUCAACGACAACCAGCGUCAGGCUACCAAGGACGCCGGUGCCAUUGCUGGCCUUAACGUCCUCCGUAUCAUCAACGAGCCUACCGCUGCCGCUAUCGCCUACGGUCUCGGUUCCGGAAAGUCGGAGAAGGAGAGGAAUGUCCUCAUCUACGACUUGGGUGGUGGUACCUUCGAUGUGUCUCUCCUGCACAUCCAGGGCGGUGUCUUCACCGUCAAGGCCACCGCUGGAGACACCCACUUGGGUGGCCAGGAUUUCGAUACCAAUCUCCUUGACCACUUCAAGAAGGAAUUCCAGAAGAAGACUAAGAAGGAUAUCUCUGGAGAUGCCCGUGCCCUUCGUCGUCUCCGAACAGCUUGCGAGCGUGCCAAGCGUACCCUUUCCAACGCCACCCAGACCACCGUUGAGAUUGACUCGCUCUUCGAUGGCGAGGACUUCAACGCCAACAUCACCCGUGCUCGUUUCGAGGACUUGAACCAGAAGGCUUUCGCCGGCACUCUCCAGCCUGUUGAGCAGGUGUUGAAGGACUCUACCAUCCCCAAGGACAAGGUCGACGAGAUCGUGCUUGUUGGUGGAUCUACCCGUAUCCCCAAGAUCCAGAAGCUCCUCAGCGACUUCUUCAACGGAAAGAAGCUCGAGAAGAGCAUCAACCCCGACGAGGCUGUCGCCUACGGUGCCGCCGUUCAGGCCGGUAUUCUCUCCGGAAAGGCUACGUCUGCUGACACCGCUGACCUCCUCCUCCUCGACGUUGUCCCGCUUUCUCUCGGAGUUGCUAUGGAGGGCAACAUUUUCGCUCCCGUCGUUCCCCGUGGCCAGACUGUCCCCACCAUCAAGAAGCGAACUUUCACCACCGUUGCUGAUAACCAGCAAACUGUUCAGUUCCCCGUGUUCCAGGGUGAGCGUGUUAACUGCGAGGACAACACCUCCCUUGGUGAGUUCACUCUUGCACCUAUCCCUCCUAUGAGGGCUGGUGAUGCCGUCCUUGAAGUCGUCUUCGAGGUCGACGUCAACGGUAUCCUUAAGGUCACUGCCACCGAGAAGACCUCCGGUCGCAGCGCCAACAUCACCAUCUCCAACGCUGUCGGCAAGCUCUCAUCCACCGAGAUUGAGACUAUGAUCAACGACGCCCAGAAGUUCAAGACCAGCGACGAGGCCUUCAGCAAGAAGUUCGAGUCCAGGCAACAGCUUGAGUCCUACAUCUCCCGCGUUGAGGAGAUGGUCUCCGACCCCACCACUUCCAUCAGGCUCAAGCGCGGCCAGAAGGAGAAGAUCGAGUCUGCUCUCAGCGACGCCAUGGCCCAGCUCGAGAUUGAGGAUGCCCCCGCCGAGGACCUGAAGAAGAAGGAGCUUGCCCUCAAGCGCGUCGUCACCAAGGCUUUCUCCACCCGGUAA